AUGGCGCAGUGCUCCGGCAAGAUCACCUUCUAUGAAGGCAAGCACUUCACGGGACGGAAACUCGAGGUCUAUGGGGACUGUGACAACUUCCAGGACCGAGGCUUUAUGAACCGGGUGAACUCCAUCCGCGUGGAGAGCGGAGCCUGGGUCUGCUACGAUCACCCCGACUUCCGGGGCCAACAGUUCAUCCUGGAGCACGGCAACUACCCUGACUUCCUCUGCUGGAACGGCCACAACGACCACAUGGGGUCCUGCCGCCCCGUGGGGAUGCAUGGGGAGAAUUUCCGCAUGGAGAUCUUCGAGGGGUGCAACUUCACCGGCCAGUGCCUGGAGUUUCAGGACGACUGUCCCUUCCUGCAGAGCCGGGGCUGGGCCAAGAACUGUGUCAACGCCGUCAAGGUGUAUGGGGACGGCGCUCAAGCAGCGGGGAGGCUUCCUCCGUGGCUCCAGAAGGCCGUGGUGAGGAGACAUGGGGCCCCAGAGGGGACCCCUGAGCUGGAGCUCUCCUACCGAGCGGGCAGACCCCUGCCACACAGCCCCUCCGGGGAGCUGGACGUCAUGGCGGCUCACUUCCAGUGGACAGGUUGUGGCCACGGGGGUUCUGCCCAGGGCGUGUCUGCCCUGCUCCUGGAGAGUGGUCAGGACCCCCGUGCUGGCCUGGCUUCUGCCAGCCCCCCGUAUAGUCAGCUCCUCCUGUGA